AUGUCGUCCACCAGCAACGCCUCCAUUGACAAGUUCAACGGAGACAAUUACGCAACGUGGAGCCGGUACAUGCGCGGUGUGUUUUUGACGAAGUCCGUCUGGCACGUUGUCAACCGUGAAGUGACUCCGACUUUCACCGACCCGCGAGCGUCCGAUGACUACGUCAAGGCAAGCAACGUCGCGUUUGGUAUGAUGCUGCUGCACAUGAACGCGGACUACCAUCAUGUGCUGGACAACUGCGAGGAAGCCUGGGUUGCGUGGACAAGUCUGAAGACGCUGUACGGUGGGUCGCAGAAGGCAGGACGCAUCUACCUCAAGCGACAACUUUUCAGUAUCAAGAUGGCUGAAGGCGCGAACGUCAUGCAUCACUGCAACGAGGUCCUCAACAUCUCCGCCAAGCUUAGCGGCAUCGGUGCGAAGAUGGAAGACGAAGACGUUGCAAUUUGUCUGCUACUCAGUCUUCCGAAGAGCUACGAAAAUGUGGUGCUCAACAUGGAAAUGAGCAGCACCGAGCUUCGCACUCAAGAUGUGGUGAGAGUCCUGACGAAUGAGCAUGCCAAGCGUCAAGGAGAAAAAGGGACAACGACAGCGACUACGGUGAAGGCUGAAGAUGCAAGCAAGGCAUUCAGCGCCGAGCGUGAGCCCUACCAAUGCACGUAUUGUGGCAAGGUGGGACACACGGUGGAUCGUUGCUGGACAAAGCAGAAGAACGAAGGUCGGGGAGCCCGACGCGGCGGCAAUGGUCGUGGACGCGGGGCUAACAAUGUCCAGUGGGGACAUCAUGAUGAAGGCAAUGGCUACGAUCGAGUGGCGUUUGCAGUCUCGUUCGAAUGUGGAGUUUCGACGAGCAAGGACGUGUCUGGAAUGUGGGCCGUCGACAGUGGUGCAACGCACCACAUUUGCCACGACAAGACCAAGUUCGCAAGUUUGGCAGAGCGCAAUGAGGGCGAACUCUUGGUGGCUGAUGGCAACAAGGUGGCCAUCAAGGGUGUGGGAACCAUCAUGGAAAAGGUGGUUCUGCCCAACGGUGAAGAGCGUGAGAUCGAAAUCAAGAACGCGCUAUAUGUUCCAAGUAUGAGCAAGAACCUGCUCUCGGUGCCACAGAUUAACAGCCAUGGCAAGUUUCAAGUCGUGUUUGACGGGUCCAAGAUGUAUGUGACUCUCAAGAACUCACAGCAAGUGGUGGCGACAGCGGAUCUCGUGGAUGGACUCUACUGGCUUCGGACGACUCAACGAUCAGCGAAUGUGACAACAAGUGGAACCAGUUGUGCCGAUCUACAUGCAAGAAUGGGUCAUGCUCCAGUCGAUGUACUUCGCAAGAUGAUCGCGACCAACAUGAUCAAGGAUGUGCGAGUCCCUCUCAAGUCGGGUGGAGCAACUACAUGUCGAGGAUGUCAACAAGGGAAAAUGGUCCAAAAACCAUUUCCAAGCAACCGAGACAAGCGCAGCUACGAUACGUUUGAGCUACUUCAUCUGGACAUCUGCGGGCCCAUGGAAAAGGAUUCGCUCGGUGGCAGCAAAUAUUUGCUGCUGAUCAUCGACGAAGCCAGUGGAUGUAUGAAGGGCUUUUGUCUACGAGUGAAGUCCGAGAGUGAAGACUACAUCCGGAAAUAUAUCACCAUGGUACAGACGCAAUUCUGUAAGAAGGUCAAGUUCGUGCGACACGACGGAGCUCGCGAGUUUGCAACCAACUCGCUUCAACUGUUCUACGAAGACGAAGGCAUUGAACAGCAGACAACGGUGCCGUAUGCACAUCAAACAAACGGAACAGCAGAGCGUGCCAUUAGGACUAUUGUCACGAUCGGCCGCAGCAUGCUUCAUCAUGCCAAACUGGACAAGUGUUUCUGGGCCGAAGCAGCGAUGACGGCCAUCUACGUCAAGAAUCGACUGCCGUCACCUAAAGUCGUGCACAAGACCCCGUUUGAGAUCGUCUACAACUUGAAACCAAGCGUCAAGCACAUGCGAACAUUCGGGUGUCAGACAUACAUACUGACGCCUAAAGAGAAUCGACUCAAGUGGGAUCCAAAGGCUCGCGCUGGCAUAUUCGUGGGCUACGAAGAAGUUUCGAAGGCAUAUCGUGUUUAUGACAUCGAGGCGGGGCAGGUGGUUAUCAGCCGCGAUGUCAACUUCGACGAGUCCACCUUUGGACUUCAACUGCCGAUCACUGAUGAAGAUGUCGAUGACCUGGACUUCGAAUUGCUGUAUCUUGAUGACGAAGAGCUGCGUCAAGUGGAGUACAAGCAAACAGGCAAGCGCAAGAACCGACUCAAUGAUGAAGAUACAGCAGCUCCACGACCGCGUGCAGUGCGUCAACGACCAGGACUAGAAGAGUCAAGCGCGCCGGAAAACAACUCGUCACGACAAGAAGAAGACGAAGAAACGAAGGAUUCUGGUGAUUCAACACCGCCUGUGUUUUGGCGUGCGAGUGCAAAUGCCGUUGAAGCAGCAGUGGACUUAUCAGAACCCUCAACAUUUGAAGCAGCAGUAAGCGGCCCUGACCAAGUGCACUGGAGAAAAGCAAUUCAUGCAGAGCUCGAGUCAAUGCGACUUCGCGGUGUGUUUCGUGCAGCCAAGCUGCCCAACGGACAACGCGCCAUUGGCACAAAAUGGGUGUUCAAGAUCAAGCGCAAGGCGGAUGGGUCAAUCGAGAAGUACAAGGCACGACUUGUGGCCAAGGGUUUCCGCCAAAAGUAUGGCAUCGACUACACGGAGACGUUUUCGCCUGUGGUCAAGUAUGUGACGCUGCGAAUGGUGAUCGCAAUUUCCAAGCAUUUUGGAUGGCCCAUCGACCAGCUUGAUGUGGUGACAGCUUUCCUGUAUGGCGUCAUGAAGGAACAAGUGUUCUGCGUGAUUCCUGAAGGCGUCGAACUUGACAGUACGUUCGACUGCCUGGAAUUGGUGAAGUCAAUUUACGGCCUCAAGCAAGCGUCGCGAGUGUGGAACGAGACGUUCGACGAGUAUGUGUGCUCCAUCGGAUUUCAAGUAUCGGACUUCGACCCAUGUCUCUACAUCAAGACUUCGGACGGCCAUUGCGUGUUUAUACUGGUCUACGUGGACGACGUCUUGGUGACUGGAAGCUCGCUCGAGCUGAUUGCACAAACCAAGAACGACCUGAAGACGCGGUUCGAAAUGACGGACAGCGGCAAGUGUGCGUUUGUUCUUGGGAUCGAGCUUUUGACGGUGAAGAUGGCAGUGUGA